GAGGAUAGACAGGGUCGAGAGCAUUGAGGCUCAAUCUUUCUUCUCUUCUCUUCUUCUUCCGAUACUACUCCUCUCUUCUCUUUCUACUUUUUCUUUUUUCGAUUUGUAAAACCUAGGAUUAGGGGAGUACCGGCGUGAGAGAGAACGGCGUUGGGAAGCAAUUAAUGCUCCGGGAGAGAAACGGAAAUAGUGAAUUUAAGAGGAAGGAGGUGCGGUUUCAAGAUGAGUUAUGGAGAAGAGGGAAUCCGAGGUUGGUAAGGUUAAUGGUAGGGUUCAGAGGUUUUAUGGUGGGGGAUAGAGGAAGAUUAUAAAAAGGGCCAGAGUGGGAAUGGUAGAGGCACCAAAGCAAGCAUCUCUAGAAACUUAAGAGUGAGAGAGAGAUUCCGAGAGAGAGGCGCGUGCUGUAAGCUCGGUAGAAGUGCGGGUUGCUGUGAGGAAGAACCAAUUCCAGGCUAGUUGCUUCUGAUGUCAGCACAACGGAGGGAGGACUAUAAUUGAAUUGAAACAAGUGGGUGUAGCUAAAUGGGGAACGAUGAAGCUGGUGAUGAGAAAAAUAGAGUGGUUUUUGUGACUGUUGGGACAACCUGUUUUGAUGCUCUUGUGAGAGCUGUGGAUUCUAACAUCGUUAAACAAGCCUUGUUUGCGAAAGGAUACACCCACCUUUUUAUUCAAAUGGGUCGAGGAUCAUAUCUUCCCACAAAGUCUGAAGAAGAUGCUUCUUUGGCUGUAGACUACUUCACUUUUUCAUCCAGUAUUGCAGCUCAUCUCAGAUCAGCUUCUCUUGUCAUCAGCCACGCAGGGUCCGGUAGCAUAUUUGAGACAUUGCGGCUUGGCAAACCUUUAAUCGUGGUCGUAAAUGAAGAUUUGAUGGAUAAUCAUCAAAGUGAACUAGCCGAAGAACUUGCUGAUAGAAAACAUCUGUAUUGUGCCAGUCCUCAAACACUACAACAAACUAUAGCUGAUAUGGAUUUAAGUUCUCUCUCUCCUUACUCUCCAGGUGAUGCUACACCGGUGGCCCAGCAUAUAAACAAUUUCCUUGGUUUUCCUGAUGACUGAUAUAUACAGCCCUUUUGCCCCUCUUUUGUGGUUAAAUGCCAUUGGGAAGGAUGAUAAUAAAUUCUUGUGAUAUUUUGAUGCCAUAAAUAUUUUCGUCAUAUGAAGUGAAGUUCAGGUUAGUUUAAGUAAAUGUACUUGUGACACUUAACAGGGAUGAUAUUCAAUUUCGGUAAUCUUCGGAUGCAUUAAAUAUUUUCAGUCUCAGUGUUGAAUUGAAGUGUAAUGCACAUGAGGGUUGAUAUUAAAGUUUUGGUCAUCUCGGUGCCCUGAAUAUUCA